AAUGGCUGCCACUUGUUAUCAAUGUAAGAAAAGGAUUUAUGGAAAGAGAUCUGUACAUAAAUGUUCAGUAUGUAAUCAUACGUAUUCCAUGCAUUUUAAGUGCACCAAAGAUGUUGUUGUUUUCAAAUGUGAUAUUUGUUCAGAUAUCACUAAAACGCAAUGCCAAAUUGUUCUGACAAGAAUUGAUGAUAUUGCAGAAACAUUGCAAUUGCAACCUCAAGAUUUGAAUGAAGAUUCAUUUGAUGCUACAGAGGACUUUCACACCAACAAUAAUCACAAUCAAUCAUUUGAAAUUAUAAGGGGAGGAAGCAAGAAAGGAAAAGAUAUUCUACUCUAUAAUGGAUUUGCAUUCAAUGAAAUUAAAAAAAUGACUAAUGAUUCAAUGCCAGAGGAGGUAGUUGUUGAUUUUGAAAUUUCAGGUUAA